AUGUUAUGGAUAGAUAAAUAUAAACCAUCUUCAUUAGAUAAGAUGGAUUACCAUAAAGAUAUAUCAGCAAAUUUAAAAAAUAUGAUUAAAAGUGGUGAUUUUCCACAUUUAUUAGUUUAUGGACCAUCAGGUGCAGGUAAAAAAACAAGAAUUUUAGCAAUCUUACAAGAAAUCUAUGGAGUUAAUGUAAAUAAAUUAAAAAUUGACCAUAGAACAUUUAAACAUCCAACAAGUAGCAAGAGUAUACAAAUUACAACUAUCAGUUCACACUAUCAUAUAGAGAUUAGUCCAGGAGAGGCGGGAUCAUACGACCGUGUUGUUAUUCAAACCAUUAUUAAAGAGAUUGCACAAUCACCACCAAUUGAAAAUGCAGAUUUGGGUCCAUUCAAAAUUGUAAUUUUAAACGAAGUCGACAAACUUUCAAAGGAUGCACAACAUGCACUUAGAAGAACUAUGGAAAAGUAUGCGACAUUUUGUCGUUUAAUUCUUUGUUGUGAUAGUACUGCCAAAGUUAUUGAUCCAAUUAAAUCAAGAUGUCUCGGUAUUAGAAUACCAGCACCAACCAACGAAGAAAUAGAAAAAGUACUCAGUAAAGUUGCUCAAUCAGAGAAAUUUGAACUACCAUCAAAAUUAUCUCAAAAUAUUGCAAAUCAAUGUAAUGGUAAUCUCAGAUAUGCCCUUUUAUUAUUAGAAUCUCAAAAAGCAAAACAAUACCCUUUCCAAUCGAGUGAAAUACCACUCUUAGAUUGGGAAAAUUAUAUUUCACAAAUUGUAAAUGACAUCUUCCAAGAGCAAUCACCUGCUAAACUUUUAGUUAUUCGUGCCAAACUUUACGAACUUUUAGGCCAUUGUAUACCUCCAGAUUUAAUUUUCAAAACCAUAUGUUUGGAAUUAUUUAAAAAGUUAGAUCAAGAUUUAAAAUUUGAAGCAAUUCACUGGGCAUCUUAUUAUCAACAUAAAUCACAACUUGGUUCAAAACCAAUUUUCCAUUUAGAAGCAUUUAUUGCAAAGUUUAUGAGUAUUUAUAAAAAUCGUCUUCAAAAAAAUUAG